AUGCGCGCAUCUGCACAAUCUUACAUCCCCUCCAGCUCCCAAGAUCAUCUCAAUACCGCGCAUCACAACAAAGAUCGGCACAGCUCAAAGCCGCACCCGCAGCAAAGCAGAUCAUUCUUCAAUCUCCUCACAGACUUUCUCCGCAUACCCACACUGCAGGACCCUUGA